AUGUGUCGAAAUUUGAGUGACGACAUACAUUGUGGGACUCCAAUCAUUCCCUUGAUGAGGAAGACAAGCGAGGUGGACGUGUUACGAGGUGUUGUUCAAAUGAUAAGCAAAGUUGAUGAAGUCCCUACGACAUUAACACACAGUCUAGCUUCCCAGACGUUGCAUGGAGGUAUAUCUCAGCAUGAGAGGGAGAGAAGUUUGAAUGAUUUUGGACGGGGAAAGUUCAAUGUGGAUCUUGCCACAGACGUCGCAUUUCGUGGGCUUGAUAUCCCGAAUGUUGAUUUGUGCUUCCAGCUGGAGUUGUUUCCCAAGUUAGAGAAGCUUAGCAUCUGGAUUUGUAAAAAUGUAGAAUCACUUAGUUUGGGCGCGGGACCUCUUGGUGAUUUUACAUCCCUUCAUUCUUUGUCAAUCUAUGAUUUCUCUAGUUUGGUUAUUGGUUUGCAGAAAAUUGAAGUCCCUUCCAGAGAGUAUGCAUUCGGAAUCGCUGUGAAGUUGGUUCCUUUCCAAAAGGGAGUUUGUCCUCCAAAUUACGAUCACCUUCGCUUCGCGGAUUGCAACAAAUCAGCGCAGGCCGCAUGUAAUGGGAUUUGCAAUCAGUCCCUUCUCUUGGUGUCUGAAAUUCUCAACUACAAGG